AUGCAGAGAAACGUCCCCCAUCCUCUCCAACCCCUGCCUCCUCCUGUGGGGCCAGCGCCGGCCCCGGCACCGGCCCCUGUCGCUGGUGCCGGCGCAGGGCAGGGCGGCCACCAGGCAUGCGCGUCGUGCAAGCACCAGAGGAAGAAGUGUUCCGAGAGCUGCGAGCUGGCCCCCUACUUCCCGGCCGAUAGGACGAGGGAGUUCGGCCAGGUGCAUAAGGUUUACGGCGUCAGCAACCUCACCAAGAUGUUGAAGGCCAAUGACAGCAUCCCCGAACGGGAGCGCUGCGCCGAUACCUUGAUGUGGGAGGCUGACUGGAGAAGUAUCGACCCUGCUAAUGGCUGCUACAACGAGGUCAUAAGACUCAAGGAGGAGAACGCCAUGCUCCGCCGCGUCAUCCGAGAGUGCGGCCACUGCAGUCGUCAGCCCCUGCCGCAGCCUUACCGUUCGCCUGUUCCGCAGCCGGGUCGGUUUUGGGCGAACGGCAAUAAUCACAACAACAACGGUGGUGCUAACUUAAUCCGUCGAGGCAUCAAUAACAACGGCGGCGACGUCGGCGGAGCCAUGCACCUCGCUGAAGUGGUACCUCAGCAUAUGGUCAACUACCCUCUUAUUAACAAUGGGAAUUUGAUCAACGGAUACCAUAAUCCCCAUCCUCCUAUCUAUAUGCACCAACCCGGAGGACAGGGAAACAAUGGUCACGGUGCAUUAUAUCAUUAG